AUGCUGCAUUUCCUUGUCAUUGUGUUGCUGGUAGUUUUCAAAUUUAGUUUUGUUAGCCUCUUGGCCCUGCUGCACUGGAACUGUCCUGAAGGCUCUCCCUCUGGAAAUGGGAAUUCUACUUGUGCAGGUCUUGUGCCCUUCUUAAUUUUCUCCCAUGGAAAUAGUAUCUUUAGGAUUGACUUGGAAGGAAUGAAUUACGAACAGUUGGUGGCAGAUGCUGGCGUAUCAGUGAUCACGGAUUUUUGUUACAAUGAAGAAAGAAUCUAUUGGGUUGAUCUACAAAGACAACUCUUGCAAGAAGGCAAGAGGUAAAGUACCGUUUCCUAUAUAAAUAAAAAUGUUUCAGGAAUGGCAAUAAAUUGGAUCAAUGAAGAACUGAUUAGGUCAAAUCAACAGGAAGGAAUCAUUACAGUAACUGAUAUGAAAGGAAACAAUUCCUGGGUUCUCUUAAGUGCCUUAAAAUAGCCUACAAAUACAGCAAUUGAUCCAGUAGCAAGGUUUAUGUUUUGGUCUUCAAAGGUGGCUGGCAGCCUUCACAGAGCAGCUCUUGGUGGUAUGGAAGUGAAGCUUCUGUUAGAGACAUCAGGGAAAAUAGCUGUAUCAUUGGAUGAGCUUGAUAAGCGGCUCUUUUGGAUUCAGUACCACAGAGAAGGAGGUGAUCCUUGUAUUUGUUCCUGUGAUUAUGACGGUUCUGUCCUUUUUAGCAAAUACCCCCUGUGGCACAACCUGCUUGCAGCCUCCCUCUUUGGUGAUCGUAUCUUCUAUUCAACAUGGAAAAAGAAGACAAUCUGGAUAGCUAACAAGCACACAGGGAAGGAUAUGGUUAAAAUCACCCUCAACUCGUCAUUUGUGCCACCCAGUGGAAUUAAAGUGGUUCAUCCACUCGUACAGCCCAAGGCAGAGGGUGAUGCUUGGGCAUCUGCUAUUGCGAAUAAUGCUGCUAAAAAUUUGAAGAACUUUUCCAAUCAGGUAUAUGAUUUCCCCGAGGAGCAUCUUUUAUUAAAAAAGAUCAGAAACUGCAAAGUGAAGAAAGGUAACUGCAGCCGCAGCAUGUGUGAGCAAGAGCCUAAGUCCCAAGUGUGCAUGUGUGCCACUUUAAGCCAAGAUGGAAAGAACUGUGAAGAUGUCAGUGAGUGUGCUUCUCGGAAUCAUGGCUACACAGAGGACUGUGAAAAUAUCCCUGUUUUUAUUCUUAUAUACUUUGCCCAUACAGUCCUGAAGUGGAUAGAAAGAGCUAAUAUGGAUGGUUCCCAGCGAGAAAGGCUUAUCGAGGAAGAAGUAGGUUUAGCAGAAGGUCUUGCUGUUGACUGGAUUGGCCGUAAACUCUACUGGACAGACAGAGGGAAAUCUCUCAUUGAAGGGAGUGAUUUAAAUGGAAAGUAUCAUGAAAUAAUCAUUAAGAAGGGCAUCUCUCAGCCACGAGGAAUUGCUGUUCAUCCAAUGGCCAAGAGAUUAUUCUGGACUGACAUGGGAAUUAAUCCAUGAAUUGAAAGUUCUUCUCUUCAAGGCAGUGGCUGACUGGUUAUAGCUAGCUCGGAUCUGGUCUGGCCCAGUGGAAUAGCAAUUAAUUACUUAACUGACGAGUUGUAUUGGUGCAAUGCCAAGCAGUCUGUGAUUGAAAUGUCCAAUCUGGAUGGCUUGAAAUGCCAAAGACUUGCCCAGAAGGAUGUAGGUCACCCAUUUUCUGUGGCUAUGUUUGAGGAUCCUGUGUGGUUCUCUGAUUGGAGUAAGGACAAACAGAUAAUAAGGACGAACAAGAGAACUGGCAAAAAUAGUGUACGUCUCCAAGGCAGCAUGGUGAAGCCCUCAUCUCUGGUUGUAGUUCAUCCAUUGGCAAAACCAGGAGCAGAUCCCUGCUUACAUCGAAAUGGAGGCUGUGAACAUAUUUGCAAAGAGAGAUUUGGAACUGCUCAGUGUUUGUGUCGUGAAGGUUUUGUGAAAGCUCCAGAUGGAAAAAUGUGUCUGGCUCUCGAUGGCCAUCGGAUAUUGGCAGAUAAUAUGACAAAUUCCAAUCUGAGUAGUGAAGUUGCACCAUUGGACGUCUUAGCCGGCAGCAGAGAGCUUGACUAUAACAUAGAGUCUCAGCACCUGCUAGUGGCCGAGAUCAUGGUGUCAGAUGAGCACGUUUACAGUGAAAAGACAGAAGAUAGUUUAUAUCCUGCUGUGAUAAUAAAGACUGAUGCCAUGGGAUGCAGUACACGGGCUGAGUGUGUUUUAGAGGGAGCGGAUGUCACAUGUCAGAGUUUGAAAGGAUUUGCUGGAGAUGGAAAACAAUGUUCCUAUGUAGAUGAAUGUGAGAUGGGUCUCUUAGUUUGCCCUCCCACCUCCUCCAAGUGUGUCAGUACAGAAGGUGGCUAUGUCUGCCAGUGCUCAGAAGGCUACCAGGGAGAUGGAAUCCACUGUCUGGAUAUUGAUGAGUGCCGACUGGGUGUGCACAGCUGUGGGGAAAAUGCCACCUGAACAAAUAUGGAGGGAAACUACACUUGCACGUUUGCUGGCGACUUGUCUGAGCCUGGACAGGUUUGCCCUGUCUCUACUCCGCCGUCUCACCUUGGGAAGAAUGGACACAAUUUUUUGAAAAAUCGUUUCCCUGAAUGUUCCCCGAAUUUUGAAGGGUACUGCCUCAGUGGUGGUAUCUGUGUAUAUUUUGGCAUUGCCAACCUGUUCUCCUAUUUUCCCAGAGCACAGAGUGCCUCACUUCUGCUCUUCACCCGGCACUCCUUCCAGGGGGUGCUGAAGGACUCAGAAGUGGCUAUUAAAAAUCCAAAGAAUCCUUGUGAAGAACUGAGAGGAGAUGUGAUCUGUAGCAGGCCUGCAGAUGGCGAGGCUGGGAUGCCUUCUUGCCCCCAACCUUGGUUCGUGGUUGUAAAGGAACAUUGAAACCUUGGAAAUGGGAGUCCACCCAAGGCCCUCAAGGAAGGCCUGGCAGCAGAUUUUGGCCAGUUUUCCCCCCUGGAUCCUGAGUCCUUGGAACAGUCAUCUUGGAGAAUGGAGCCCCAGAUGCAUAUGGGCACAGAACACGGAAGCUGUAUUGCAUCAUCCAAUGAUAGAGGCUCCGGUGACCAGGGGAUGAAGUGUAGCUUUCAUCUUGUCUCUGAAGGGGCAUGGCCCAGUGCUGAGGGGACUGAGAAAUCCUGUCCUCUCCCAUCAGCUCACCCUUUGUGGCAACAAAGAUCUCCACACCAAAUGGAGCUGAUUCAGUGAAAACUUGAAUUAAAAGUAAGAUCAUGAGGAAUAAACUGUGUUGAUGGAUGGUAAUACUUCAUUUUAAAAGUAGAGGAAAAAUACAGAUUUUCCAUUUAUAAUCUCUACAACAAAUCACCUACUCAGUGUUGAAGGCAAAUAUAUAUUGUGUGUUUGCUUCUUCCUUCAAGUAGUCUUAUUGCAGACUUUCCAGUAAACUAGAGAAUUAUUUGGUAUCUCAUUAGACACCAAAAUGGAGAAAAUAGUACUUUAUAAAUUGUGUUCAAGUGUUCAAUAAUCCUGAAUUUUUUUCCUUCCCAGAAGAAAUCUGGGGUUAAAGCAAUCAAUCAUACUGGUUUGGUCAGUUAUAAUUUCUUUUAUUUGGACAGAAUAUUUAGCUCAAU